UUGUUUCUGUGAGUGUGUGUGGCCUGACAGGGAGCGUAACGAAGUGCUUCUCCUCCGCUGUCAAUCCGUGAAACCGCGUUAGAAAGUGAGCUGAUAGACGGAUAAAGAGAUGGGCGCCGGGUCGAGCAGCGAGGCCGAGAGGGAGCCGCUUCUCGUCCCUUCUCAUCCGGAGACAAACAGUGUGCCAGUGUUCAGCAGAGUGUACGGGAGAAGAUGGCUGGUUUUGACCCUGUUUUCCCUGCUGGGAUUCAUGCAGGGGAUGGUGUGGAACAGCUGGGGUCCCAUCCAAAACUCCGCCGUUCACGCUUUCGGUUUCUCCAAGUCGGACAUCGCCGUCCUGGUGCUGUGGGGGCCGGUGGGUUUCAUCCCCUGGCUGCUCUUUAUGUGGCUAAUGGAUAAAAAAGGUCUGCGGGUGUCCCUUCUGCUAUCUGCCUUUUUCAUGCUGCUGGGAGCUGCUCUACGAAGCUUUCCGUUAGACCAAGAGCCACUGAGACGGUGGUUGAUACACGGUGGUCAGCUUCUGAACGGUUUAGCCGGCCCAACCAUCAUGAGCGCCGGCCCCCUCCUCUCCACCACGUGGUUUGCCCCCGACCAGAGAGCCACCGCCACCGCCGUCGCCUCCCUCAUCAGCUAUCUGGGAGCCGCCACGUCUUUUGUUGUGGGCCCCCUGCUGGUGCCCGCCCCCAACGACACCCAGGUGGUGAACAAGGCGCCGGCGUACUCCGACAACUACAUCCGAGACAGGAUCCAGCUGGUUAUGUACGCAGAGUUUGGUGCGAUCGCCGUGCUUUUUGCCGCAGUCCUGCUCUACUUCCCGUCGCGCCCGCCAAUGCCCCCCAGUGUGGCUGCUGCCAGCCAGAGGCUCAGCUACAGGAGCAGCAUCUGCAGACUUCUCAGCAACGUGCGGUUCCUGAUGAUAGCCCUGGCCUACGCCGUGCCUACAGGAGUGAUUGCUGGCUGGUCUGGAGUCCUGGACAUGAUCCUCACACCAGCCAAAGUCAGUCAGGUGGAUGCAGGUUGGAUCGGGUUUUGGUCCAUCGUGGGCGGCUGUGUGUUUGGAGUGGCAAUGGCCAGGUUUGCUGACUCCAUCCGGGGAAUGCUGAAGCUGAUCCUGGUGCUGAUGAUGGCAGGAGCAUCAUUGUCCUCUACCUGGUUCACACUCACCUGUCUGACCAGACUCACCCACCUCCCGUCCACUGCAGCCACCCUCUACACUUCCUGCAUCCUGGUGGGCAUCUUCAUCAACAGCAGCGUGCCCAUCUUCUUCGAGCUCUUCAUCGAGACAGUGUACCCGGUCCCUGAAGGCAUCACCUGCGGAGUGGUCACCUUCUUGGGCAACCUGGUGACAGGCCUGCUGCUCUUCUUCCUCACCUUCUACUGUACAGAACUGUCGUGGCUGAACUGGUGUUUGACCGGCUCCUGUCUCUUCAGCCUGGUCCUCAUCCUCUUCUUCAGGGAGUCUUACGACCGCCUCUACCUGGACGUCUUUGUCUCUGUUUGACACCACCAGCGGGGGAAAAAAAAAAAAAAAAUGAAAUUAAAGACUGAAUAAUAAUUCUUGCACAAGAGGAAAAACAAGGGAGAGCAAGGGGAAGGCCAGCGCUCUCUCAGAUAUUUUAUGAUGUAAAUGUGUGUCUUUGCAACAGCAGCGAUGCGUCGUGUUUUAGUCACUGUAUGGCUGCCUCAGAAGGGUUACCAUGGCAAUGUUUACUCACGACUCGGCGCCACAUGACUAUCUGACGCAUUAUGGUCUGUUUUUUUUUUUAUAUGUCAGCCUUUGUUUGUAUGUCGACAAACAUUUGUGAACGGUUUAAUGUUUUUUUUUGUU